ACUAUAAACCUCGGGCACUGUUACUAGUUGAGCACUUUACAGUGAAGGACUGUGUAACCAUGAGGGUGUAAACAAACAUAAGCUACAGCUAGCUGUUUUAUUGUCACGCGUAACGUUACCUACUGAAACUGGGGAAUUAAUCGCAUUUUCGGGACCGGAUGGAGAUAUUUGGAAGCACGUUUGAUGAUUCGGUGUUUUUGGAGGCGAGAGACCGAGUCUCCGUGGCUCUGUCGUCUUAUAACGCCAAACUGUGUGAACCAGAGUGGUUCUGUGAGAGCACUGCUCUGGACACAGAUGAUCCUUUGGAGAAGCAGAAAGUCUUCAAGUUCAGAGGUGACUUGGCUGUGAGACAGGGAAACCAUCAGAAAGCCUUGGAUGCAUACAGUAGCUGCCUGGAGUGGAUUGCUGACAACAACCUGACUAUCAGGAGAGAUGUGCUGGAGGGAAUGGCCCGAUGCUGCACCAGACUGGGACAGAGAGACAGGGCGCUGGACUUGGCUGACUUACUGAGCAAAGAAGCCUCCAACACCUGUCACCUGAUCAGCCUCCUGCUGCUCAAAGUCAGCAUCUACCAGCAUUUUGGAGACAUACGAUCAAAGAUGUCGUCUCUGCAGCAGCUGUGUAGCAUGCUGCCCUUCAACCCCUGGCACUGGUACAGCCUGGGACAGACGUGUCUGCAGCUGCUGGAGAGUGCCAAAACCCCCGGUCCGUGUUCCCCACAGAGAUUGGCAUCAGUAGAAGAACAGAGUGAGGAACAACCGGAAGAGACAGCAGAGCUGGAUGAGGACAGAAUCUGGCUGAAAGCGUGCACCUGUUUCAUUAGGACGAGACUCCUGUUGGGAAUCCUUCGACAGCAGCAGUCCUCCUUUGUGCUGCAGCGCACUGAAAGCACCCUCCAGAUGACAGAUGAGGCGUUACAGAGGCUGAAUCCCAAAGAAACCACCCUGCAGGCUCUCACUGAGGUGGUGUCAGAGGACCUGAUCCCGGAGAAGAUGAGGGAGGACUACCAGGACGGGGAGAGUCUGGCCAGUGUGUGUCUGCAGAGCUUCAGUGCGCGCUGGUGGAACAAGAUCUUACGGACUGGGGUGCUAGAGAGUGAUGGCUGUCAACAUCAGACGCAGUCACUGUACAGACCCCAUCAAAGACCAAAAGACACUGACUGAAUGAACUGAAAGCCAGGUCCAAGUGCUGAAACAAUUUAAAUUUGACUUGUACUUGUGUAUUUCCACAUGUCAAAUACACUUGUAUAUCAAUAAUGUCCACUUCUGUCAAUCUCAAAAGUACCACAAAAAAACUGAAUGUUAAAAAGAAUAAAUCACACUCCUAAAAUGUCACAGAAUUCUUCAUCUUCACCUCAUCUCUUAAUUCAAGCACAAGCAGAACUGCGUAGUGAAUGUUAAUGCGACAGUAUAAAACAAACCAGCCAUACACAGACCCGCUAAUGUUUCAUCAACUUCAUACUGUAUGUAAUAUUGAUUAUGGCAGUGAUUCUGUUCUACAUUGAGACAGGAAUCAAAGUGACAAAUUCUUUGUUCAGCCCACAAUAUCACUAAUGCCUUAACAUGUUCAUAUCUUAAGAAUGAUUUAAAAUAAAAUGUGUUGUUUUUGUUCCUG